AUGAGUUGUUUGAAAGGAUCGGAUGCAAUUAGAAAAUUGAGUAAAGACUGUGGGGCCAAAAAUCCAGAAAAUUUAACAUCAACAAGAUUAAGGAAACAGGUAGCUACUGUAGCACAAUUAUUGAAUCUAUCAGAAAGUGACAUUGAACAAUUAGCCACAUUUAUGGGCCAUUUUAAAGAAGUCCACAAACAAUUUUAUCGACUAUCAGAAAGUACUUUUCAGGUUGCUAAAGUCAGUAAAUUAUUGUUAAUGAUGAAAAAGGAACAAGGGCAAGAGUACAGAGGUAAAAUUUUAGAUGAGAUAGAUAUCAAUAUAGACAGCUUAGUAACAGAUAUUGAAGAAAGCUCAGAUGAAGAAAUAGAUCAUCCUGAAAAGAAGGUACCAGUAAUGACUUCAACAAAAGACAAUAAAUCUGGAAAAAAGAAACAUGAAAGAGUAUGCUGGUCAGAAGAAGAGAAAAAAGUAACAAGAGAAUAUUUUAUAAAACAUAUAUUAUUAAACAAAGCACCUAAAAAAGAAGAAUGCGAAGCAUUAAAAAUAAAAUAUCCACAACUCUUUGAAAAUAAGCCAUGGAAAAAAAUAAAAACUUUUAUUCAUAAUAUAUACAACAAAACUAAAAGGUUGUAA